UCAUCACAAGCAUUUAGAUUUGUGAUAUGAAAUGAAAUCAAAAGAAGAAAUACAUAACGUACAGCAGUGGAAUUUAUGUGUGGAAACUAACUGUAUUUGGCGCGCCAGUCUGCAGCUCGAUCAGUCAGCGGAAAAACCAAAAAAAGUCGCGACAAGUGCAAGUGCUUGCUUGCUAUGUGGAUCACCAGACCAGAAUAGUACUCCUCCAGACUUUCCUGAUUUUCCAAUUAUGCUCCAUACCUCCUCCGAUCCCUUGGAUUUGGAUUCAGGCUGCUGAUCGAGAAAAAUAUAAUCAAGCUAAGCUUAGGCGCGCGCGGCAUAAAUAUAAUUCAACACUGUGAGCUGAGGAGGUUGGGCCGUUCUGACAUGGGAACUUGCUGGAGUAGUUCUGCUUCUCAUGAUAAUCAGAGCCUAGCUGCUACUACUGGCCAUCUUACUUCUUCUGUGGGGAUUUCACAGGCAAUUAGCAACACAACAUCAUCGACUUCCACUGGCAGCGGCAGCGCUAUCUCUGGGAGUGGGACUAGCCAGUUUUCAGCUUCUAGUGGGGGCGAUGAAGUCUAUCCACAUGGUCAGAUUUUACCACACCCCAAUUUAAGAAUCUUCACUUUUGCGGAGCUCAAGGCUGCUACCCGAAACUUCAGAAGUGAUACAAUGCUUGGAGAAGGUGGUUUUGGUAAGGUUUACAAAGGCUGGAUUGAUGAGAGGGGCACCUCAAAGAGUGGUAGUGGAUCCGUAGUUGCUGUAAAGAAAUUGAAUUCUGAAAGCAUGCAAGGGUACGAGGAAUGGCAGUCAGAAGUAAAUUUUCUGGGAUGUCUGUCUCACCCUAAUCUUGUCAAGCUCAUAGGAUACAGUUGGGAUGAGAGAGAACUACUCCUUGUAUAUGAAUUUAUGCAAAAGGGAAGCUUAGAGAAUCACCUUUUCGGGAGAGGUUCUGCUGUUCAGCCACUCCCGUGGGAGGAAAGGCUUAAAAUUCUAACAGGAGCAGCUCGAGGUCUGGCUUUCCUACAUACGUCAGAGAAACAAGUGAUCUAUAGGGAUUUCAAGGCCUCGAACAUAUUACUUGAUGGCUCAUACAACGCAAAGAUAUCAGACUUCGGCUUGGCAAAGCUGGGUCCUUCAGCUAGUCAAUCACACGUGACAACACGGGUGAUGGGGACACAGGGCUACGCUGCCCCUGAGUAUGUUGCAACAGGGCACUUGUAUGUGAAAAGCGACGUAUAUGGUUUUGGCGUUGUCCUGGUAGAAAUGCUUACGGGUUUAAGGGCCAUAGACGAAAAUCGUCCAAAUGGACAACAUAAUCUGGUGGAUUGGAUUAAGCCACAUCUAACAGACAAAAGGAAGUUGAAGGACAAGAUGGACUCUCGGUUGGCAGGAAGGUAUCCUUCUAGAGCUGCUGUACAUGUAGCACAACUUGCUUUGUCAUGUCUGGGAUCUGAACCUAAGAUGAGACCUUCCAUGAAAGAAGUAGUGGCGAGAUUAGAAGAAAUUGAGAGUGCAAAAGAGAGACCAAAAGAGCCUAGGACAACUUCUAGGCAUCAUCGCACAACUUAUAGAUAUGGUCGUCAUCAACCUUUGCACCAUCGCUCUCCUCUUCACCCUAGGCAAGUUGCAAACCAGGCGUAUCCACUCCCAACUCGUGCAUAGUGUACCAGCCACUUGUAGUUUUUCACUUUGCAUUAAUUGAAUUGUAUUACAGAGUAGUGUCAGUCUUCUCUGCUGUCUGCUAUCUAUAGAGCAGGACUAAUAUUUUGUGCUAGUAUUGGAUAACUGAAUUGUACUGUUGGAAAAGGCGAGGAAAUCUAGUGUGUGGUCGUGCUUGGUUAUAUGUAAAGAGGGUAUAGAGUCGUCACUGUGCGUGUUGUACAUUAUGGAGAUCUUACCAAGUUUGCUGCGGAUCUGAAUGGUUGUCCUUUUUCUUAAUUUGAUGAUU